AUGGGGCCCAAGGAGCAGCAGAGGCGGGGCAGCGGGCAGAUGGGCUCUGAGUUGGACCCAGAACCAGGUCCCGGCCCCGAACCGACCAUCCCCCCGCACGACAACUUUGCCCUGUUUCUCAGCCGGCGUUUCGGCCGGCUCGGGGGGCUGAUAGGCGCCCACCCGUGGCCCUUCCUGCUGCUCCCGCUGCUGCUCUCGGGCAGCCUCGGCGCGGGCUUCCUCUUCUUGCCGCAGAGACAAGCCAAUGACAUCGAGGGGCAGUUCACGCCGCUCGGGGGGCCCGCCAAGAGCGAGAGACGCUUUGACCAGGAGCAUUUCCCGACCCGCGACUCCGAGCGCUUCUCCGGCCAGAGGCUGCUCACAGAGGGCGCCUUCGCCUCCCUCAUCGCGGUCUCCGCCUCAGGCAACAACAUCCUGACGGCGGGAGCCUUCGGGGAGCUCCUGCGGCUGGACGGGGCGGUGCAGAGCCUCGCUGUUCCCGGGGGGGACCCAGGCACCCAACUCUCCUACCCGGACCUGUGCGUCCGGAGCAAUGGGUCCUGCGGCAGCCCCAACCCGCUCCUGGCUGCAGUGCAGGGGGAGCCGGCCCGGCUAGAGACCCUCCUCCCGCAGCUCACGUACCCCGUGUUCGGGAGCAGCGUUUUCAUGGGCACCUUCUUAGGAGGCGUUCAGCUGGCUCGCGGAGCGGGCGCCUCCCGGGUGCAGGCAGCCAAAGCCCUGAGGCUGGUUUAUUACCUGAGAGAAGACGAAGCCGCGGACCGAGAGAGGAGUUUGCAGUGGCUGGAAAACUUCCUCAAGCGCAUCCCGGCUGAGCUGGAGGCUUUAAAUCUCACCUCUGUCCAGGUGGCUUACUUUACCUCAAUAUCCAGACAGGAAGAGUUUGAAGGAAAUACCAGGAAAGUGAUCCCCCUGUUUUCCAUAACAUACUUUCUAACUAUAACCUUUUCCAUUAUUUCUUGUUUAAGGGUUGACUGUGUACGAAAUAAAGUGUGGGUUGCAGUCUUUGGAGUGCUGUCUUCUGGGUUAGCUGUGCUAAGCAGCUUUGGACUGUUGCUGUUCUGUGGGGCACCAUUUGACAUGACUGUAGCAAGUGCACCAUUUCUUAUAUUGGGGGUUGGUGUUGAUGACAUGUUCAUUAUGAUCUCCUCCUGGGAACAGACUAAUCCUAAAAAUAACGUUGAAAAGCGGAUGGCUGAAACUUAUGCAGAGGCAGCAGUGUCUAUCACAAUCACCACUCUCACUGAUGUUUUAGCCUUCUACAUAGGGAUGAUAACUUCCUUUCAGUCUGUGAAGUCCUUUUGUCUCUACACAGGAACUGCUUUCAUCUUCUGCUAUAUAUACAACAUCACAUUCGUAGGAGCUGUCCUUGCUUUAAAUGGUAAAAGGGAAGAAGGCAACAGACACUGGUUAAUUUUCACAAAAGUGAAGGACAUUGUUCAGCCUCAUCGCUCCUACUUGUACAACAUGUGCUGUAUAGCAGGCUUUUCUGAUAAAUCUUCUGGGGGAGAAGGUGAACAUCCAAUGAACAAAUUCUUUAGGAAAUAUUAUGGUCCUUUCCUUACAAAGAUUUGGACCAAAGUGUUUGUGGUGUUGCUGUAUGGAGGGUUCCUGGCUACUAGUAUUUAUGGGUGUACUCAGGUGAAGGAAGGUAUAGACCUGCGAAAUCUGGCUAGUGACGAUUCUUAUGUUAUUCAGUACUAUGACUGGGAAGAUGAAUAUUUCUCAGAGUACGGUCCUAGGAUUAUGGUCACUAUCACAGAAAAUGUACUUUAUUGGAAUCUUUCCAUUCGUAAUGACAUUGAGAACUGUAUGGAGUCUUUAGAAAAUAACUCCUACGUGGACAAGAAUCUGUCAGAGUCAUGGCUACGAAUGUAUGAGAAUGUUGCUAGAAUUGGUUCACUGAAUAUAGAUACUAAGGCGUUUUUCAUGGGUAAUUUAUCUGAACUAUAUAAAUUAUUUCCAGUGUUUGAAUGGGACAUUGAUAUUCGCUAUAAGGAAAUAGCAGCCUCACGUUUUUUCAUUCAAACAGUGAACGUUACUACUGCAGUUGAUGAGAAAAACCUUUUGCACCAAUUAAGAGACCUAGCCAAGGACUGUAAGAUCCCAUUAAUGGUAUAUCACCCCUCAUUUAUAUACUAUGAUCA